AAGAAGAAGAAGAAGAAGAAGAAGAAGAAGAAGAAGAAGAAGAAGUGGGAUGAAAACAAAGAAAUAAAACUUACAUGCGCAGGAUUUUCUCGGUGGAAAGAACUAAACAUGAUUCUGUUCACAUAUUAUAGACUGCUCCACUUACUGAGAAUAUCAGACAGUAAAGCUUCAAUAUUCCGUAAUGGAACUUUGUUAAAACAAGGAACGUGUUGCUGGUUGCAUUUGAAACAAUGCCAGGGGUUUGUGGAUAAAAAAGGAUUGCUGGACAGGCAGAAGCAGCAAAUGGCCAGGGGUCUUCCUAAACAGAAGCCCAUCACUGGCGUCAAACAGGUGAUUGUUGUUGCUUCAGGGAAAGGAGGCGUGGGCAAGUCUACAACAGCAGUGAACUUGGCUCUAGGAUUGAUGGCCAUUGAUCGGUCAAAGUCAGUUGGUCUGUUGGAUAGUGACGUCUAUGGCCCAUCCAUUCCCAAACUGAUGAACCUAAAAGGAAAUCCCGAGCUCAGUGAGGAUAAUCGGAUGAUUCCUCUUAUAAACUAUGGCGUGCCAUGCAUGUCAAUGGGCUUCCUGGUGGAGGAUGCAUCUCCGAUAGUGUGGAGGGGACUGAUGGUAAUGUCUGCUAUAGAGCGGUUGGUCAGACAGGUAGACUGGGGCUCUUUGGACUACCUAGUGGUGGACAUGCCUCCUGGGACAGGGGAUGUCCAGCUAUCAAUCACUCAGAACAUUCCAAUAGCAGGUGCAGUCAUUGUUUCAACACCUCAAGAUGUUGCUCUGCUGGAUGCUCGCAGAGGAGCCGAGAUGUUUAAAAAAGUUAACGUGCCGGUUCUGGGUCUGGUUCAGAACAUGAGCGUUUUCCAGUGUCCCAACUGUCACCAUCAGACCCACAUCUUUGGCUCUAAUGGGGCACGGCAACUCGCAGAGACGAUUGGAGUCAGGUUUUUGGGUGACAUCCCUCUUCACCUAAACAUCAGAGAGAUGUCAGACAAAGGACAACCGAUAGUCGUUUCUUCUCCUGACAGCUCAGAGGUAUACCAUGCAACCGGGGUUGAUUUUCCAGCGAGGCUCCCCCCAGAGGGCGAAACACUGAAAAGACGCUCUGAAGGAGCAGUUGUGGCAGGGACACAAAUAUGCCUGCGAGCCAUAUUGCACAGUUGUGGAAAAUCCUGUGCACCUUCCACCAGGGCAAGGGGUCUUCCUCUCCAUCAACGACAGGAGACAUGAGGCUGACGCCUACAAGAAGGUGGCAUCUGCGGUGAUCCAGAGCCUACAGGACCUUAAGACAUGAUUGAAAUUACUUUCUCUCACUGUCCCAAAAAUAAACGCUCUUCAAGCUUAAGUGCAUUUAA